CAAGUAAAAUUAGAAUCAGUGGCUCUUAGGGUGUAAGAUUUUCCAUAAAUUUUUUGUGACAUCAAGCUGUUCGACAAGAUCGGUCCGUGUGUUAUUCUUCCGGCUGUCAAUGUCAUAACAAUAAAUGGUGAAAAUGAAUUCUGCUCGUGAUAUUACAUCCAAAUUAUCCCAUUUGUUACCCGAUUACGAUCAAGUGUCGGCUCUUUACGCGAAUAAUCAGCAAUCAUCUCAAUUGUCCGUUCUAUCGAAAUGUUACGAUACGAUAAAUCAACUGUCUUGCCAUUCUUCGAAUGCGGUGGAGUCCAGUGAAGCACUACCCAUUGAUCGGGCAUUAUUUCUCGUUUCAUCAUUGAAAGACAAACUGUACGAGAUCAUAAACACUGGACGGUGGAGUGAUGUAGACGAAAACAUCUGUAAAGCCUUUACGGUUGCAACGUUUCUGGAAGCGUUUUUUCGGGUUAAUCUGGAGACAGUUCAUUGGUCGAUUGAAAAAGUUAUGUACGAUUUGGACCUUGGUUUGAUGUUAGGAUGCCCAUUGAGUGGUUCGGACAACAAGUUAUUAACUGAAUCUAUCCGAAUCAUCGAAGAAAACUGUUCAUCGAGUUGUGGCAGCUCUAGUGCAACAAAAAAACGAAAGCUAGACGAUCCUGAUGUACCUGUCGCUGUCAGACGAACUAUAGCAGAACAUGUCUCAAUUGCUAUGCUACAGCGACCAUCGAUUGAAUAUUUUCACAUCAAUCACUUCAAGCCACUAACACCCGCACUGAUUCAGGAUUGUAUGGACCAUUGGCCAGCAAUAAACAAUUGGAAACAGUCUGCCUAUCUAUCGUCCGUAGCCGGCGAACGAACUGUUCCCGUCGAGAUAGGAUCUCAUUAUACCAACGAAAACUGGUCCCAAGAUUUGGUUAAAUUUAAGGACUUCCUCAGCCGACAAAUAACAACCGCCGAACCAUGCGAUCGUGUCGAAUAUCUCGCCCAGCAUAAUUUGUUCGAACAAAUACCGGCCUUACGCAAGGACAUCCUAAUACCGGAAUACUGCUGUGUUGGCACUUCAAACGAAUCGGUUGACAUCAAAGCAUGGCUCGGUCCGAAAGGAACCGUUUCACCGAUGCAUUACGAUCCGAAGCAUAAUCUGUUGUGCCAGGUGUUCGGCCAUAAGAAAAUAAUUUUGGCUGCACCGGAUGACACCCCGAAUCUGUAUCCGCACGAGACGGAAAUGCUGAAAAACACCAGCCAAAUCGAUGCCGAACAUAUUGACACGGAGAAAUUUCCAAAGUGUUCGGCUGUUAAGUUUUACCAUUUGCAUUUGUACGAGGGUGAAAUGCUGUACAUUCCGCCGCUUUGGUGGCAUUAUGUGAGAUCGUUGGAGAAAAGCUUUUCGGUCAGUUUUUGGUGGGACUGAGCUUGGGUGAAAAUAAAUGUUUCUUUUAUAAAAUCGGUGGUUCGUUCU